AUGCCGCCUUCCACUCGUCUCGCAGGCUCUCUUGCCAGUUUGAAGCUGAAUUGGACUACAGCCCUCGUCGUGUCUGUCUGCGUUGUGGACUCCGUGACGAUCGCGUACGAUGGGUCUCUGAUGGGCUCCCUCAAUGUCAUGGAGACCUAUCACAACUACUUCCAACUUACGACUACUACUACGGCUAUCAACACCUGUGCAACAUUUCUGGGUGCCAUCUUGGUCGGGCCGUUUACCGGCAUCUUGAUCGACAGGAAGGGCAGAAAGAGUGGCUUAUGGGCAGCUGUCGCCAUAAACAUUCUCGGGGCCGUCCUGGCCGGCUCCGCCAUUAACGUCGCCAUGUUCAUAGCUGCCCGCAUUAUCAUCGGUGUCGGUGUAGGCUUGGGGCAGACGGCCGCAAGUACAUACGUUGCUGAGACGACGGCUCCGAGCAUCCGAUCCUUUGCUCUUGGCCUCUACUUUUCCUGCUGGGCGGUUGGCGCACUGCUUGCUGCGGGAGUAUCGUACGGGUGUUCAACACUCGAGCCCUCGAACGAAUCCUGGCGAAUCCCAUCAUACUUACAGGGAGCCAUGCCACUUCUCAUAGUUCCACUUCUGUACUAUAUCCCCGAAUCGCCUCGCUGGCUGGCGUUCCGCGAUCGCCGGGAAGAAGCGUUGGCAAUCAUUUCGAGAAUUAGCGGCAAGCCCGAGGAUGAUGAAGAUGUACAACUGCAGUUCCAGGAGAUUGUUACAUCGCUCAAUCACGAAAAGGCCCAGUCCAUGAGCCUCAAAGCCAUUAUACGCAAGCCAAACAGAAGACGCUUGCUUCUCGCGCUAUCUGUCGCGCCCCUUGCCAUGCUCACAGGAUCUAAUGUUAUCACGUACUACUUCGGAAGCAUGUUGACACAGGCCGGCAUUGGAAACCCUACGACGCAGCUUCAAAUCAAUGUAGUUCUUUCUUCGUGGCAACUUGUAGUGGCCAUCACCGGCUCCAGCCUCGCAGAGAAGCUUGGCCGUCGUUUCCUGGCCCUUUUCAGCCUCGGGACAUGCUCUGCGUUCUUCUACAUCCUCGCGGGAUUGACGGCCAAGUAUGGAACUGCCGGGGACAAAGCAGGCACGUAUGGCACAGUGGCUUGCAUCUUCCUCUUCCUUGGAGCAUACUCAUUCGGCAUUACCCCUCUCACGGCCAUGUAUGCCCCUGAGGUCCUGUCGUACAACAUGCGCGCCAAUGGAAUCGCGAUGCAGGGCAUUCUCAUCAAGUCGUGUGGAGUCUUGGUCACCCUCGCUUUUCCAUACAUGCUCGAAAGCCUCGGCUGGAAGUCGUAUGUUAUCAACGCUUCAUGGAACAUUCUUCUGUGGCUGUACAUUUGGUUUCAGUGA